AUGGGUUCUUUUGAUGCAGUUAGAAAUGAUGAUAACUUACAAGAUAGAAAAAUGUUGUUUAUUGAAGGUCCUUAUCCAUUAGAUCAAAGAAUUGAUGUAGAUGAUGAGGAUGAUGAAGAUCUUACGGAUUAUGAAUACAAAUCUGAUUCUAAUUCUGAUACCGAAUCAAAUAAGUCUAGCUCAGUUGAUGAGUACUCUUUGAAUAAUGCCUGUAAUGGGUUUGAUAAAUUGAGAUUAAAUGAGAAUAUUACACCAUUCAGAAGAUAUUCCAAAAAAAUUAGAGUUAAAUGUUAUCCAUUUGGUGUGGAAAGAAGGUUACCUGUUUCUUACGAAUUCAGUGAAGGUAAUAUUGAUUGCAAUUAUUAUUUCAGAUUAGUUGAAGAUGAAGAAGAUGAACAUAAAGAACCUUUAAAUGGUGUUCCAUUGAAUGAUCCAAGAUCUAGCCUUAUUGAAAUCUUAUCAGAUAGUUAUAGAUUAGAAAAUGUUGAAUGUUCAACUGAUACGAAUGCUCUUUUUGCAGAUGGUUCAAGUUUACCAAAAGGUCAAAGAUUUCAAGCUUAUGAUAAGAAUAAAGAACUUUAUCCAGUUUUCCAAAAAUAUUAUUCUCCAAUAGGUAGUUUAAGAAAAUUUAAAUUUGCACUUGGUUUAAAUUCCAAAAAAUUAAAUGUUAGAAAAGUUAUUGAAAAUUUAUUGAAUAUUAUUGAACAUACUGGUGGUAAUCUUGAAAGUGAAUAUAAUGGUUAUGCUACUGAAUAUAGAAAUGAAACUCAUUCAUUCUUUGUUAUUGGUGGUACCAAAUUGAAAGAUAGCGAAGUUCAAGAUGUUUUACGUAAAGCGGUUGAAGAAAAAUUCAAGAAUCCAGAAGAUGAAGGUGAACUUUUUGAUGAUGGGAAGACAUUGUUCAUUCCAGGAUAUAUUACGUACAAGAAGUGUGACAAUUGA